UGUGCUGAGUUUUCUCGGUAAGCCACAACGUGAUUGUAUCAGUUCUGCCAGGGCUGCUCAGAGUUUCACACACUCUUCUACCAAAGGCAUCGCAGAAAUCUGACAUCAGCAACCAGAUAGAUACCAAUGGAUAAUUCUAGUGAUGAAUAUCUCAACAGCUUUUUCAAUGAAUACAAUGACCCGCCAUAUGAAGGAGAAGUCGUAGACGGAGAGGUUGCUUUAUGCAAGAAAAACGAUGUGCUCCACUUUGGAGCAACAGUUCUCCCAGCCUUCUACUCCAUUAUGUUCUUUAUGAGCUUGUUUGGAAAUGGACUGGUGCUGUGCAUCAUCUACAAAUAUGAGAAGCUCAGCACGGUUAACAACAUAUUCUUGCUCAACCUCGUCAUUUCAGACCUCAUCUUCACCUUUAGCCUCCCUUUCUGGGCAGUCUACCACAAGUCUGAAUGGAUCUUUGGCCAAGGCCUUUGCAAGUUGGUGGGAAGCUGUUAUUUCAUCGGCUUCAACAGCUCCAUCCUCUUCCUCACCCUCAUCACCUUUGACCGCUACCUUGCAGUGGUCCACGCCAUCUCUGCAGCCAAGAGCAGAAGGAAGGCGUACGGGUUUGCAUCAUCCGCCGUUAUCUGGGUGAUCAGUAUUUUGGCUAGUAUAAAGGAUAUAGUUUUAUACGAUGUGAUGAAUGGUGGAGAUGGUUUGCUGUGCGAAAUGACUGGUUACCACCAGAUUUUCCUCACAAAAUGGGAGCUGAUUGGUUAUUAUCAGCAGUUUUUCCUGUUCUUCUUGGUGCCUCUGUUCAUCGUCCUGUACUGCUACAUCCGCAUCACCAUCAGGAUCAUAUUCACUCGCUUGGCGGAGAAGUGCAGGGCGGUCAAACUCAUCUUUGUCAUCGUCUUUACCUUCUUCAUCUGCUGGACGCCUUACAAUGUGGUCAUCCUGUUGAAAGCCAUCAAGAGAUCCUUUGGAGAGCAGAACAAUUGCUCAGAUGCCCUCGACUAUGCACUGUACGUCACACGAAACUUCGCCUACCUGUACUUCUGCAUCAGCCCUGUCUUCUACACUUUUUUGGGGAAGAAGUUUCAAACCCAUUUUCUGAAGCUUUUGUCCAAGAAGAUACCGUGUCUGAAAAUCGAUUAUGCCAUGCCGUCAACAACCAGUAAAACCACAUCAACCAGGAGCCCAAUCACUGACUACUGAACAUGAACAGGACUACAAGAAUGUGGUUUGUAUGUGUGAAAUGCAAUGCUGGAUAAAUGUAUUGUUAGCAGGACACAAAUACUAAUGACAAGAUAAAAGAAAAACUAAGAAUCCAAA